AUGGCGCCUAAGGUUUCCAAGGCCGAAAAGAAAAUAGCGUACGACUCGAAGCUAUGCCAGCUGCUGGACGACUACACGCAGGUUCUGGUGGCAGCCGCCGACAACGUCGGAUCGAAGCAGCUGCAGAACAUUCAGAAGGGUCUGAGGGGUGAUUUUGUUGUUCUAAUGGGUAAAAACACCAUGAUGAAGAGAAGCAUUAGGAUUCGCUCCGAGAAGACUGGCAACCAGGCCAUUCUUAAUCUAAUUCCUCUCCUUGUUGGAAAUGUUGGACUGAUCUUUACUAAGGGUGAUCUGAAGGAAGUCAGCGAGGAGGUUGCCAAGUACAAGGUUGGAGCUCCAGCUCGUGUUGGUCUGGUCCCUCCAGUAGAUGUUGUUGUUCCACCUGGCAACACGGGACUUGAUCCAUCACAGACUUCUUUCUUCCAGAUUCUCAAUAUUCCAACGAAGCUGUGGAAAUCAUCACCCCUGUGGAGCUCAUCAAGAAGGGUGACAAACCCUGAGGUUCUUGAUUUGACAGAAGACGACCUCAUUGAGAAGUUUGCCUUGGGAGUUUCCAUGGUCACUUCCUUGUCACUGGCCAUCUCAUACCCAACACUAGCAGCUGCACCACACAUGUUCAUCAAUGCAUACAAGAAUGUUUUGGCAGUUGCAGUUGAAACCGAUUACUCCUACCCACUGGCAGAUAAAGUGAAGGAAUACCUCGAGUGCAGCUUACUGUCGUGUCAUGCUUAUCAUUGUCCUUUUGUUAAUCAAGAUCCCACGAAGUUUGCAGUUGCUGCUGCUCCAGUUGCAGCUGCUGAUUCAGGUGCUACACCUGCUGCUGCCAAGGAAGAGGAGAAGAAGGAAGAACCGGCUGAGGAAUCCGAUGAUGACAUGGGCUUUAGUCUCUUUGACUAG